ACUGCGGACACAGUACAGGAGAUGGCCAGAGACUGCGGACACAGUACAGGGGAUGACCAGAGACUGCGGACACAGUACAGGAGAUGGCCAGAGACUGCGGACACAGUACAGGAGAUGACCAGAGACUGCGGACACAGUAUAGGGGAUGACCAGAGACUGCGGACACAGUACAGGAGAUGACCAGAGACUGCAGACAUAGUACAGGAGAUGACCAGUGACUGCGGACACAGUACAGGAGAUGACCAGAGACUGCAGACAUGACCAGAGACUGCAGACAUGGUAAAUGGUAGCCCCAUGAUUCUGCGAACGCCACUGGGGAUUCCAGGGAUCUGUCGAGCGGGAAUUGACGUCAUCAGCCGGCACACAGAGAAGGAAAGCCCAAA